ACGAAGUUAACUCUUUAACUUUGAGGUAGCAACAAACUCCAGGUUUCUAAUAAUCGUGGUAAGAAUUAAUAUGCUAAUGGCAAUAAUAGAAAACAGAUUUUCAAUUUGUAAACCCUUUUUGCAUAUCAAACUGCUUUACAACUUUUCAAGUUCAAUUUUGUACAGCUGUUGUGCUAUAUGUGUUAUAUCUUUUUAUUGUAUUCUUACACAUACAUCGUACUAAUAGAGUAAUUUACCGUGCAAAAAAUUUCAUUCUUAAUUCUAUUUUAUGGCUAUAGGCAAUAUUUUGUUGUUAAAAAAAAACAAAUUAUUAUUAUUAUGCUUUUCUGUUUGCACAUCCAAAGAUCUUUCUCAUCAUCCUAAAAUUAAGCUUAUGUACUUAGUUUUUUGUUAGAUUUUUUUUUAAUUUGUUUUAUACAUUAAAUGUCCACGUAUUAAUACAACUACGAGUUCUAGAAAAUGAAUCUUAAGUGUUUUUAUUGCAUCUUGAGCGUUAAAGGUUUAGACCUAGAUCUGAACAGUUAACGUCCGUGAUGCAAUAAAACAGCAAUAACUAUUACUUUAGAAUAAGGCAGAAAACUGUAACACAAAUCUUUUUCCCUCAAAAGCUGUAUAUCACAUUAUCGGUGACCAUCACACUUGCAUCACAUAGGAAAGUAAGCAUGUAUUGCUCUUGAAGAUGUAUUUUUUGGAGAAUCGAUGAUAAACUGCAGCAUCUUUUCCAUUUCCAUGUGUAUAUUUUUGUAAUCUGAAACAUUCUCAAACUUAAAUCCAAAACAAUAAAUACAAUUAUUUGUGUUAACAUUUUAAAAAUCUUAUGCAUACUAAGGCAUUUUAUGAAAUUUUUGUUAACUUACACAUAGCUCAUAGUACAGUAAACAUAGUUUGGCUGUUUAAGUAUGUUAAAUAAAGUAUUAAAUUGUUUUAAUCUUUUUAAUUUCUGUAUAUAAAUAAUAUGCUGAUUUGUUUAUUCUAUUAUAGUAUCUAAAAGUGUUUAAUAUAUUUUAACAGUAAUACAAUACAAGCAAGCAAAACCACAAACUUUGAAGAAUGUGUCAUUUUAUAGGCAAUCAACACUCGUGCUAAAAAAAUUUGCAGAAGAUCUAAAUGUUUACGAUUAUACUAUAAACUAAAAUACUACAAACUUAAAAUUGUUGAAAAUUUAUGUUUACCUUUAGCUGACAUUUCAGAAUGUUUUUCAUAAAACAUAGAUUUUUUAUUUGCAAUUUCACUCCUCACAUGGUUGCUGUUCAUAAGUUUUACUUCAAUAUAUAUUCAAUAUAUGUUGUAUGUUGAUCUUGUGCCACCAAAUAAACAUUUCUAAGAUCAUAUGAAACUUUUGCAGUAUGAUUUAUGGUGCUUAAAGAAAUGAAGAAAAUUGGAAAGACUAUUUAUCAUUGAAUAGAGUUGUAAAACCACAUAACAGUAUUAAAAUGGUAUCCAUGUAUUGUCAGAGCACUGCGAAUUGUGUAAAAUUGUGGAAUGUAGAUAAAAAUAUUGAUUAUCACUUAAAAAAUUGAUUUUAAUUCAUGGAUUAGUAAAGUUUACAUUACAUUAUUUACCCGGUUUUUAUAAUUUUACUACAAGGAUUAAUUUGCUACACUUAAGUUAGAGCUUGUGCACUUUUGUCUUAUUUCAUUGAGUUCUAUGAUGCAUCUUCAACUAUUUUUGAUGUCAGUAAACAAAAACAGCUCAAGCAAAAUUCUUAUUCAAUAUUUAGAAUGAUGGAAAAUCCUAGAAACAGUUAAGAAAGAAAUGUUGAUUUAAGUCAGCCAAAGAAGAAGAAGAUUCUUUUAUUCAAAAAGGAAUUUGAUUUUUUGUGACUUAUUAGUUAUUUAUGCUUUCAUUUUUGCGUUUGUUCAAAACAAAAAUUUUUUCAUUAGGUACACCUUGAAAAUAUGCUAAAAUUUACACAAAUUUACAUAUUUAAAAGUAUAUAUAAUCAUCUUUUUUUAGGAAUGUUUAAUUGUGCACAACAUAAUUUCAUUAUUAAUGUAAAAAAAUCUGUUUCAAAAACUCAACAAAAGUGUACUUAUUUUUCUUUCUAUAGGAACCAUUACAAUAAUUAUAAGCCCAUAAGAUAUCAAGGUAGUAGUGAGUAAACCUAAAAAGCUUAAAAUUAGAAGUAAAUGUCCAUGAAAUCCUCCACAAAAAAGCAUCUUCAGCAAGUCGUCUAAUUAUUCCAUAUACGUAAUACUAUAUAUUUAUUUCAACGAUAGGUGUUUAACUGUAUAUAUUGUUGUAAAAAUGGAGGAGUAUGCUAAAACAUUACCGGGUGCAGCUGCAAUUCGGUAUGUUUCAAAGUAACGGCUUGUUAGUGGGGUAGACCCGUAUAAAUUGAAAUUUAGCGAGUGUGACGCAUAUCCUAAAUUACUUCCUUCCGUGGAGUAUCCAGACAUUGUAAACUAUUGCGUCUAGACAAAAAGUGCUUAUACAAUGGAUGAAUUAAAAUCUUAUAAAUCUCUAGAUGCAUACCACCAGUUCGUCAGCGGUUGGGUUUCUGUUUUGGCAAGUUAUGUUGUGAAUAACCGAGUAAAAGCCAAGGUGAGACACUCUCAGAGUAUCAAUAGACCACUACUACAAGCUUGGAUUAUUGCUGAAAAGAGUGGAAACAUUUUAGCUGCACACUGCAACUGUAUGGCAAGUUUAGCUAAAACAUGUACUCAUGUCAGCGCCACGCUUUUUGCAAUAGAUGCUUCUGUGAGCUUAGAGAAUAGCCGAACUGUUACCGAAGAAGCGGCAUACUGGAGGCUACCAUCAAAUGUGAAGGAAGUAAAAUAUUCUAGACUAAAAAACAUUGAUUUUACAUCGGCAACAACAACGAAAAGGAAUCUUGAUAAUAUGUUAUCCCAGACACCUGUUAGACAAUAUUAUUUGCAGCCUCUUCCUUUUGUAGAACCUCCUAACGCUACGGAAAUGAACAACCUUUUUCAAAAAUUGCAUGACACUGGCGCUAAACCAAGUAUACUGUCAAUUGUACCUAACUUUGUUGAAUCAUACGUUUCUAGGUUUUUAUCUUCCUUGCACCCCUGGGUUUGUGAAGGUCUACGAAAAGACCAAGACACAUCAGCAACACUUGAGGAAAUAGAUGAGCUGUGUACUCAAAUUCUAAAUAGUGACACUCUGCUCACAACUAAGGAAGCGUGUCAACUUGUAGAAGAGCAGACAAGAAGUCAAGCUACGAGCCGUGUGUGGUUUAGAUUCCGCGCAGGCAGAAUAACUUCUUCAAAUAUGAAGAAAGCAUGCAUUACUUCGCCCUUAAAACCAUCAAUAAGCACUGUAAAAUCUAUAUGUUAUCCUUCAUUACUUAAGUUUAAAACAGCCGCAACAGACUGGCGGUGUCAGCACGAAACAUGUGCUCUGGACUGCUAUACUAACUUAAUCAAAGAUAAGCACACUGGAUUAAAAAUUUAUAAAAGUGGCCUACAUAUUGACCACAACAACUCAUAUUUAGGAGCAACUCCAGAUUCAUUGGUAUCUUGUAAUUGCUGUGGUAAAAGAGUAUUAGAAAUAAAAUGCCCAUUUUGUCAUCGAGAUAUAGAUAUUCAGGGUUGCGUAGACAAAAAGUCAUCACUGGAGAAAGUUUAUGGCAAACUGCAUUUGAAAAAAUCUCAUGCACAUUAUUACCAGGUUCAAACACAAAUGUUUAUGUGUAAAGUAAAGUUUUGCGAUUACUUUGUUUGGACCAAAGAAAGUUCUCACUUGGAAAGAAUAUACCCUGAUGAGGUCUUCUGGAAUGAAAUUUUGCUUAAAUCGCAACUAUUCUUUGAAAAGGCGAUUCUACCAGAAAUAGUCGGAGCCAUUCCUUCAAGAGCACAACCUUCCUUACUCGAAAAAAUGAAUACUACUACAUUAGAAGUUGAAGCGGCUUUUCCUAAUACAUCAGUAGUUGAACCAGAUAUUUUCAGUACGUCAGUCGGUGAAGCAACUAUUUCUAGUACAUUAGUAGUUAAAGAUGCGAUUUCUACUACAUCAAUGGGUGUAGCCUCUAUUUCCGCUUCAAUGGACUCAGAUUGCAACAUCGAAUUAUUCUGUUUAUGUCAAACGCCUAACGAUGAUUAAAAAAUUAACUCUUCACCUAAGGGAGCAUGGUGUUGCCCCGAGUGUCGUAUUUUGCUACAGUAUAAAAAGACAUUUAUGUCCGCUAAAAGUAAGUCAAUCAUAAAAGAUUAAACAAACAUAAAAAAAUAUUUAUAUUUUUAUGUCAUCCUUGUUAUAUUUUAAACAAUAUAAUAUAGUUU